UCGCCGGGCCGGGCGCCCCCGCGCCGGGCGGUUGGGGCGCCUUCCGGCCGCGGGCGCGUGCUUCGUCCCGGGCCGGCGUGGAGGCUGGCCGGGGGGCGGGGGGGCCCUGCACCUGCCGCGGCCCGCGCCCCCGCCCCGCCGCUCCUCGAGCCCCGCCUGGCGGCCGCCGGCGCCUCCGCCCGGCGACCCGAGGGGACCGCUCUCCCUGCCCAACCUGCUGGCCGGGCGCCGCAGACCCCCGGGGGGACCCGUGGCCCCGGCUCUGCGCCGCUGGCCGCGAGCGCCUCUGCCGGAGGCGGGGGGGGGGAGGGGGUCCCGGGUCCCGAGCGGCCGCGCCGCAGACCCCCGCCCGGGAACCUCCGCUGGCCGGAGUCCCCGAGGUCUCUUCUCGUACCGCCCAGAGCGCUUGCCGGGAGCGAGCUCACGAGCCGCUUCCCGGACUGCAUGCCUUGCACCGCAGGAGCGCCCCGCGACCCUGGCCCUUCCCCCGGCUGGCUGCGCGGUUCCGGAGGAAGCCGCUGCGGCAGCACGUUAGCGGGCGGGCGGUUUUAGAGGCAGGGUCUCCAGCGGGCUUGCCCGGCAGGGUCCAGCAGCAUGGGGGUCUUCGUGCGAGAGCGCCCAGCCCCCGCUCACGCCUAGCAGGCGAGGGCACCGGCCUCUUCAGCAGAGCCCAUGACUGUUCAUACCGGUGACCCCGAGUCAUCGGUAGCAGCCAGCAGUGUGCUGGUUCCUUGUUCGGAGGAAAGUGGGUUCAUCCCUUUUAGAAAGGUCUCUCGUUGACAGUUGUCUUUGAAAACUUAGGUGCUUGGCGGAAACCCUUCAUCCCUUUAAUGACUAAGUCAUUACGUUUAAAUUUGAGUACCGCUGAAUAUCGAAGGUAAAAAGAAAGUAGAAAUUUGGAGCACUGCUUUACUUAAAGAUAACUAUGUUUAAUUCAUUCUUCAUGUUAACACUUCGAUGUAGAGUGUGCUUCAUUCUGUGGAAAUGAAAGUUGAAGAGGACAUGACCCCCGUCCUUGAGGAACUUAACAGUGUUCAUGGCAGGGCGUGUGGUAGGCAACAAAAGAGGGACCAGGCUGCCGAGAGAGUCUGGGUGAAGGGGGAUGCCUGGAGGAACCAUUUCGUUUGGCCCAAAGCCAAUGGGGGGAUGCGGAGAGCAGAUUCUAGAGCCGUUUAUGAGCAAGGCUUGACAGGCUGUGGUCACUGGCUGGAAAGGAAGGGGAAGAGGUUCCAGUUUGGGAGACCUACUGGCUGGCAGCACCCCAAACUAAAUAGGGAAUAUGUGAGGACCAGCACAUGUGGGGGUAGAGGGUAGGGUCACAUGUGUGUACCAUCCUGGACAAGAGGGAUGUCCUGUGAUGGAAGAGUAGUGAGAAGCCUAAGCAGGGAUACAGAGUUGGGAGUCAUCGUCCAGUAGGAAUUAAGGCCACACGCGCUCGUGCAAAAAACAAAGACACCUGCCACAUGCCGUGCCCUGUGCCAGAUGCUGGAGCAGCAGAGGGACAGGUCGUGUUGGAUUAGGGCCCACCCUUAAGGCCUCAUUAUAACUUAGGAUCUCUUAGAAGACCCUGUCUCCAAAUACGCUUACAUUCUGAGGGGCUGGGGGUUUGGACUUCGACAUAGGAGUCGUGGGGAACAUUCCAGCCCAUGACUGAAGGCAUAGUGGAGGAAACAGCCAUGAGCUGAGCUCUGAAGGGUAAGCCCGAGCAUGGAGGGGCUGCUGCAUUACAUCAACCCAGCCCACGCCAUCUCUCUCCUCAGCGCCCUCAACGAGGAGCGCCUCAAGGGGCAGCUGUGCGACGUGCUCCUCAUCGUGGGGGACCAGAAGUUCCGAGCGCAUAAGAACGUCUUGGCUGCCAGCAGUGAAUACUUCCAGAGCUUAUUCACAAAUAAGGAGAACGAGUCACAAACUGUGUUCCAGCUUGACUUCUGUGAGCCAGAUGCCUUUGACAACGUGUUGAACUACAUCUAUUCUUCGUCUUUAUUUGUGGAGAAGGGCGGCCUGGCUGCCGUGCAGGAACUGGGCUACAGCCUGGGCAUCUCCUUUCUGACCAACAUCGCUUCUAAGACGCCCCAGGCCCCGUUCCCAGCGUGUCCCAGCAGAAAGAAGACCUUCACGGAAGACGAUGAGAACAGUUCUCAAAAGAGAAGCGUCAUCGUUUGUCAAAGUAGAAACGAAGCCCAGGGGAAGACCGCGAGUCAGAACCCACCCGAUCUGAGCCACCCUCCCCGGCCCUCGCCCGGCAUCGCGGUCAAGGCCAACACUAGUAAGGCCCCCGGUCCCAAACCCACGGAGCUGCCACAUCAUGUGGCGUCAGCUGAGAAGAGUUGGCCGAAAGAUGGUCCCGCGGGCCUCGGGAGGCCCCCUGAGCUCGCCGGGCCGUCUGAGGAGCCGAGCCGAGGCGGCCUGGCCAAGCGGAGCACGGCGCCGCCUUCAAAGCCCCUGCAGGACCGGGUGGCUGCCGACGAGAGGCCGGGCGCCAGCGCCCCGCUCCCCAAAGGCGUGGCCGUGGAGCUGGCGCUGCGGAGCCCGCGGCCACCCGUGCUGGCCCUGCGCGGCUCCCCGGAGACGCCCUUCCUGCUGAAGGAGGCGGGCCGGGCCGGCGGGCCGGGCGAGGACAGGAACCUGCUGUACUACUCCCGGCUGGGGCUGGUGAUCCCCGCCGGGGCGCCGGCGCCCGGAGGCCAGGCCGUGGACAGGAGUGGCCCGCUGGUCAAGAGCCUCCUCCGCCGCUCGCUGUCUAUGGACAGCCAGGUCCCCGUCUACGCGCCCGCCGCCGCCGACCUGCAGCCCCCCCAGGGCUCGUCCUCGGGCGCAGGCGACGCGGCGGGGGGCGUGCGGGGCGCCUUCUCUCCCAGGCUCUCCUCCAAGGACGCGAGCGAGACAGCGGCCCCCGACGCCCGGGCCCCGGCCCCGCAGCCACACCGCCUCCGGUCCUUCAGCGCCUCUCAGCCGGCAGAGCGGCCCGAGGUGCGGGUCAAGGCCGAGCCGCACAGCCCCCCGGAGCCCUGCGACAUCAUCCGCGUCACCGUGGGGGACGCCGCGGCCGCCACCAGAGACCUGGCCCUGCAGGCGCAGGACGACCGGCAGGACGCCGGCCGGCUCCCGGCUAAAAGGAGCUUCCAGGCGGGCAGGAGGCCGCCAGCCAAGCAGCCCAAGGCUGAGGGCGCGGGCUCACCGGGCCCGGGAGACCCCCGUGAGGAAGGCUCGAGCCCGCCUCUCCUUGAGGCCGACUUCCCAGGUUCUGACUUGAGCAAAGACGAAUUCGGUGAGUUGGAGGGAACCAGACCAAACAAAAAGUUUAAAUGCAAACAUUGCCUUAAGAUCUUUAGAUCCACGGCCGGCCUUCACCGGCACGUGAACAUGUACCACAACCCCGAGAAGCCCUACGCCUGCGACAUCUGCCACAAACGCUUUCACACCAACUUCAAAGUGUGGACGCACUGCCAGACCCAGCAUGGCAUCGUGAAGAACCCGUCCCCUGCUGCCAGCGCCCACGCCGUCCUGGAUGAGAAGUUCCAGAGGAAGCUGAUCGACAUCGUGCGGGAGCGGGAGAUCAAGAAGGCCCUGAUCCUGAAGCUGCGGCGCGGCCGGCCCGGCUUCCAGGGCCCCGGCGGCUCCCCCGCGCAGGCCAUCAAGAGGGGCCUGCGGUCCCGGGCCAAGGGCGCCUACGUGUGCACGGCCUGCGGGAAGGCCUACCGCUUCCUCUCGCAGCUCAAGCAGCACGUGAAGAUGCAUCCGGGCGAGAAGGCCCUCGGGGCCGGCCGGGCCGCCAGGCCCAGGGAGCGCGCGGCCCCUGGGGGCCCGGCGGGCGGCGGCCCGGAGCUCUACCUGUGCCGCCUGUGUAACGCCAAGCUCUCUUCUCUCCUAGAGCAAGGGAACCACGAGCGCCUGUGCCGCACGGCCACCGUGUGCCCCUACUGCAGCCUCAGGUUCUUCUCGCCCGAGCUCAAGCGCGAGCACGAGGCCAAGUGCGAGUACCGCAAGCUGACGUGCCUGGAGUGCAUGCGCACCUUCAAGUCGGCCUUCAGCAUCUGGCGGCACCAGGUGGAGGUGCACAACCAGAACAGCAUGGCCCCGGCCGCCGGCGCCUCCCCGCCCCGGCCCGACCUCAACGGUGAGGCUGCCGGCCCGGCCCGGCCGCAGGCCCCACCGGAGCCUGGCCGCCCCGACCCUGCGGCCGCCGCCAAAGACGACCCCGCAGGCGGCAGCGGCCCCGAGCCCGUGAACUUCGACUCGGAGGACUCGUCCUGCCUGCCCGAAGACCUCAGCCUCUCCCGGCCGCUGAAGAUCCAGGUCAAAGAGGAGCCGGCGGAGGAGGCCGAGGAGGAGGCGCCCGAGGCCGGUGCGGCCCCCAAGGACCUGUGGCCCUGCGAGAAGUGCGGCAAGACCUUCCCGGCGCCCAAGCAGCUGGAGCGGCACCAGGAGCUGCUGUGCUCCGUGAAGCCCUUCAUCUGCCACGUCUGCAACAAGGCCUUCCGCACCAACUUCCGGCUCUGGAGUCACUUCCAGUCCCACAUGGCCCAGGCUGCCGAGGACCCGGCACACAGGGAGCCCGAGGUGGGCCCGGGCCCCACCGGCUCCCCCUCGCCGCCCCCUCUGCCCCCGCCGCUGCCCAAGAUCCAGCCCCUGGAGCCCGACAGCCCCACAGGCUUGCCUGAGAACCCCGCUCCCGCCACCGACAAGCUGUUCGCGCCGCGGGAGUCAGACACACUGUUCUACCACGCGCCGCCCCUCUCCGCGAUCACGUUCAAGAGACAGUUUAUGUGCAAACUUUGCCAUAGGACAUUCAAGACGGCAUUCAGCCUCUGGAGUCACGAGCAAACCCACAACUAAAAGGCCGCGCCCUCUCCCUCUUAGGAGCCGGGAGCCGGUCUCCAGGUUUCAGCCUGAAUCGUAAACUGUGUCAUAAGAAACAAAAUAUUUUUUAAAAAAGAAUAAUAAAGGUUGCAAAUCGUUAUGCUUGAAUACAACUUUGAGGUAAACUGAUAUUAACUAGUAAUGUCCUUACUCAACCUAAAAAAAAACUCCACAAAACCUGUGCUUCUGGACCUUACAGUCCCAGGGUGACUUGACUUCAUCACUGUUGAAAUUUGUUCUUGGUCGUUUGCAUGGUUCUCAUUCCAUGGUGUCAGCAUAAUCUUCCACUUGAGGUGGUGUGUGGGUUUUUUUCUUACUGAUUUGCAAUUAGUGAAACACUAUCGAAGUAUCUCUUUUGAUUCCAUUAAGACACCUAAGUUCUAGUUAAACCUUAGCCAUGUUCUUAAGUCCAAAAUGUAUCGGAACGAAGUGGAGUAGUUUGCAGUAUUAAGAUCUUAGAAUACUUCAGCAAUAAAAAAUGAUAAACCUCAACUUUAAUAAGUUAUCCUGACACUUGAUAAAAAUAAAUAUUUGGUAUUUUGUGGUCAUUUAGAACUUUUUUAUAUGAAAAUUGUGAGAAAUUUAAAUCAGCAAUAGUAAAUACUUAGAUUUUUAUAAAAUAACAAAAACUUGCUCUUGGGUCAUGUAAUAUAAUUAGUGAUGGAAGACUGGGGAAAUGAAAACAUUGAGAUUUCUGGAAGCCUUCUACGUCAGUUUCCAAGGCUUCGGUAGUGACAGGCACGGUAAUCCGAAGUGCUGCAUCACGGCCCUGAAUUCAGACCAGCGUCGAGGGGCUGUGCGUGGUUGCUUUCCCCUGGUUUGUGCUGUCACAAAUUGAAACUCCGAGUGUACUGGGGCCAGAAAACAAAGAGAGUGUAUGGUGCAGAUUUUGAAUUGAACAACAUUAGUGUAACAAGUAAGGUCAGGACGUAUAUUUACGUAGAUCGCAAGCCCCCGGAGGGAGUACAGCUGCUCUAAGUCCCGAAUUACCGUUUACUUUCCAAGACUUGAAGCAGAGGGAGAAGCCACACUGCAGUCUCCAUGUGCUUUUCAAGAACAAUAUAUACAGUAAUCAAUUUUACUGCCUCUUUGUCUUGUGAUCUCUGUUAGAAUUUUUUGGAGUUUAUGGUGGUAAAAUGUCCGUAGUGAAACCAUUCUGCUUUAAGUCACUGCCUAAUAUUUCAUAAAUGUGUCUUGAAGUACUAUCAAGGGUCCAGAAUUAGUGUUUACUACUUAUUUUGGCCCAUAGGGCUUGGGCUUCUUCUUUUUAUUUUUUUUUCUAUUUUGUAUAAGUUGUAAUUCAAAGCCUUUCAGUAGGUGUAAUCCAAAGUUCAGUGGGGUGUUUCAAAAGGAAAAGAAUUUUAUUUCAUUGGCAGGGGCGGGGAAGUGAGAUAUAUAAAAGUAGAAAUAUUGUUGAAACCCCUAAAUUCUGUUAAGGUAGUGAUGGAUUCAGCCUCCAGGUUUAUUAAUUUUUUUGCAAGCUCUUCUUCCAAAUAAGAAAAUCAACUGCUGUGACUAAGAAAUCAUCUGCUGAGUACUUAAAUUGAUGCUCUCGAAGAAGAGAAGGCUACUCAUCAGUCUCAUUGCCUGCAUUCCAUACCAGUGGUAGGAAAGAGAUUCUUGCUUUUUUAUUGAAACACAAGCAUUUUUAUAAGAUUCUGACUUUGUACACUGUAGUUACAUAUGAAAUUUUACCUUUUAUUCUUUCAUUUGGAACUACCAAUAGUCCCCACAUACGGUUACUUCCCGGUUUUGUUCUUAAAUGUGAUGGAGAGAGCAGAAUUAAGGUGCAGUUGUUGACUAUUACCAUCUUUAUAUUUUCUUGAAGAAAUCUAUGCAUUUUAAAGACAAAACAAAAAGCAUGUGAUUUUUUGUGAAACAUCAGGGUGGAUGACUGCUCAUUGAAUUCGUUCCCUAUAAAAUGUAUUUCUUACUCCGAACACCUUGGUAGCUGUCACUUCAGAAGAAGACAGUCUCCUUCAGAGUGAUCAUUGCUUAGGCUGUUGGAGGGUGGGUUAAACUUCCAUGAUACAUGGGGUCUUGGCAUUGUAAACUCAGUAUCCCAGCACUUGAACCUUUAUGCUACAUUUUUGAAGAUUUUUUAAUAAUGUUAGUUAAUGAAAAAUAUUUUUGAUCUAAAUAUAGGCUCUGCAUAUCUGUUAGAUUUUAAAAAUCGCCAGUGUUUUGUCUUGUUCACAUUUUUGUCUAGGCAAGGAACAUAAGAUUUCAAAUAAAAUUUUGAACCAAAAACAUUUAUAAUGCAGUUCUGGUUUUUCUAUUACUUUUUAUACUGUACCUUAAAAGCAUUAGGCUGAAAGAGUUUAUUUUGGUGGUCAAAAAAUAGGCUUCCACUCAUUUUAACUAUUUUAAAUGUUAAGAUGUAAAAUAAUGAAAGACAGGAAUUGCUUUAUUCAGUAAGGGUUUUUUUUAAGAAUGUUUAUCUCAGCCAGUAGGCAAAUACUUGGUAUAAGACAAGUUGGUCUUUUCUUCUUAAAACACGUUAGCUAGUAAAGAUAUUCUUGAAAAUGUUUUUUUCUGAUGGUAAUUAAUUUUUGAAAAUGUAGAAAGCUCAUUAUUCCUUGUAAGUAUUCAGGAUGCCUGCUUUUUUAUGCAAUUGUGGAAAGAAUGUCAGAUGUUUUAAUAUAUUAUUUGUUAAUCUGAAAACUUGUUAUUGCAUCAUUCUCUUCAUUUGGGGGAGAGAGGAACACCACGAAAAGUGUGUUUUUAUCCAAGUAAGCAAUGGAGGUAACAAAUUGUGUGCAUUUUUUAUAGUAAAAAUAUUUAAAGAGUACUAGAAUAUUCACUAUUAAAACUAGUUAUGGUUAAUAUGCGUUUAUAAUUUUGUCAAAAUACACAAUUAACAGUUCGACAGUGAUGUUGUCUACAUUUGUAGGGAGAUGGAUGUGAUUCCUGGUUUUCUGUUUGGGAACAGAGCAUCAUAGCCUUCUCUUAAAAAAUAUGCCCCAGCACUUCAUCAGUGGUAGUCUUGUCCACACACAGCACCCACUGGUGCUAAGAGUAGAAACAGAGACAGGAGUAAAAUGUGCCCUUUGGUGGAGAAAAGAGGUGUAUUCAGGCCAACCGGAUGGUCGGAUGAGGGAGGGACAGGAAUGGACUGACCCAAGCGGGCCUUUGUUCCCUCAGACUGUGUGUGUGUGUGUAUGUGCACGUGCGCGUACGUACAACCAAAAUCUGGAACUUUAGGAAAUAAAAAUUAUCUUCAUAUUCUUACUGCAAAAAUAGUGUCAUUCAUAACAGGUUUUUUUAUAAAUUGCACUAAUUAAUAUUGGAAUGUUACGAGUCAGUUUAUCAAUUUCUGAUGUGUCUGAUGUUUUUUGCAAUAAUUGUGAAAAGCAUUAUUGAUUUAAAUAAUGCUAGCACUUAUUCUUUAAUAAGUUCUUUAACACUGGCUUUUUUUUUUUUUUAAGUUUUACAAAUAGGUUUUUCUCUUGUGGCUUUAGCACUUUAAGGAGUCUGGCGUUUGCAUAGUUUUUGGUGUCCCGGUGUAUGUGCUAGGGCACCACGUUGCCACGUGACUGGGGAGAAAACUCAUGGUCCGUGUUUAGAUUCUGAAGGAGAAAAAAAAUGAGUCAAUGUCAGGUUUUUUAAAAAUUCCAUUUAGAGACAGUCGUUUGGGAACCAAAGUAUUUUACUGUAAAUCUUUAAUUGAAUUCAGUGCUCUCUAGUUGUUUAUUAGUGCUGUCUAGAUUUUCCACAAAGUUAUACUUGGUUGAUACUAAUUCUCAAAAGGUGAUAAUUUCUUAUUGACAUUAAUCCAAGACUGUUUCACAAUUUUCAUUGAAUAAAUGCUUAUCGCUAAAAGAAAAACAGGUGUGGUUUUAUAACUGUGUGUAUUUUGUUGUCAUAUGCCUCAGCAGAGAAAUCAUUGUUCAGUUUUAUUUAGGAAUAAGCUUUUUUGGACUGAAAAUUCAUAGUAAAAUAGGACUUCUACCUAAUGUUAAGCCAUUGCUUAUUUGUAUCCAAUUGUCUGUUUACUUUGCUUAAAUCUUAACUAAGAUUGAUUGGAGUCAAUAAAUUUGUACUGUAUUUUGUUUUGA